AUGGACAUAGGAGCUAAAAGUGUUGUAGGAUUAUGGACUUCUACAUAUGAUAUGGUUUUUAAUAUAAAAUGUAACGGAACUGAAUCAAAUACUAUCAAUGGUCCAGUAAACUGUACUGAUGGUAGCAUAAGACUUUAUGGUGGUUCUAGUCCAAUGGAGGGUAUAUUACAUGUGUGUGCUAAUGGAGCAUGGGGUACUGUGUGUUCACGUUUUUGGGAUAGUCGAGAUACUACAGUAGCAUGUCGUCAAUUAGGAUAUGAUCCAAAAAGCUAUCAAGUUGUUGUGUCUACAAAUGAGUAUCCAGUCAUAUUCAGUCAUUUUAGCUGUUUUGGGAGUGAAGCUAAUUUGACUCAAUGUAGCUCUGGGCUGACCUCUACUCUAGUUUGUUCAAAUCGUCAAGUCAUCAAAAUAGCAUGUCAAGAGCAAUGUGUUGAUGGUGAUAUACGUGUGAGCUCUAGUUAUUAUGGACAUGUUGAGAUGUGUACUGGAGGACAGUGGGGCUCUCUCUGCACUGAUUAUUGGGAUGAUAAAGAUGCUAGUGUUGUCUGUAGACAAUUAGGAUACUUACCAUAUGGAGCAUUGGCUGGUGAUUCUACAUGGUACUAUAAUUCACAGUUAAUAAAUGUUUUCAGGGGAAUUAAUUGUGUUGGGAAUGAGUCUAGUCUCGUAAACUGUCCUAUGAAUAACAGUGCUAGCUGUGGGAGCUCUAGCUACUAUCAUGCUAGUGUCAUUUGUCCAGUUCAUGGAUCAACUUAUUCCAAUUGUACUGAUGGAGAGUUAAGGCUGUUUGGUGGAUCUACUAAAUAUCAAGGAACUGUUGAAAUAUGUCGUAACAAUGCUUGGGGAACAAUAUCUUCCUGGACUUGGUCUUAUAAUGCUGCUCAGACUAUUUGUAAUGGACUAGGAUACACAACACCAGGUGCAUCUUUUGUUCGUUAUGCUUACUAUGGUGAAGGUGUUGGUCCUAUACUAAUGAGUUAUACAUAUUGUUCAUCAAUAACCAAUUCAUUGCUGAACUGUAACAUUUAUAAUCAUUAUAUUAUCCCCUAUGGUUCUCAUAGUUAUGAUAUUGGCAUCCAAUGUCAGCGUAAGUUUUUGUAA